AUGGAGAUCUCCGGCACCGUUCUCCGUCAUGUAAGCUACGUCUCCGGUGCUAGGUCCUACACGCUUUGCCGUGGCGUGGGUCCUCGUGUUUCGGUGAGAAUGGUAACGGGUUCUGGCUUCUGUGACGAGGGACAUCUGCAGUAUUACCAAAACACUAAAAAGGUUCUCUCUCCAAAGAAAAAGUUGAAACUACUGAAUGACUUUUCCAAAUUAGGGCUUGCUUCGGAUCCUCAGAAGCUUUCCAUGUUCUAUGAACUUCAACAAAAUCUCACCUCGGAUGCUGGCGACGUGUUACUGAGAGAGCUGGAAGCAGCAAGAGCAAAAGAGAAGGAAAUGAAGAAAAAGAAGAAACAAGAGAAGAAGGCUAAACUCAAAGCCUCCAAGAUGAAGUGUGAAUCUUCAUCUUCAUCGUCUGAAUCAAGUGACAGCGAUUGUGAUUGUGAUCAAGUGGUUGACAUGAACAACUUCAGAGAUGGUGUUGGUGUUAGUGUUGUUGCCCCUGUUGCACCUGUGGAUGAAUCCCCACUACCCAAGACCCCCAUUGUUGAGGACGACAAUUCACAUCGUGAUUCCGUGGAAUUGUGUUAUAAGAAGGAUAUCUCUGUUAGCAGUGUUAGAGAUGGUGGCAUUAAGAACGAGAGGGCUGUAGUUUCUACCCGUUCUCAGAAGAAGAUUGAGGUUUGCAUGGGUAACAAGUGCAAAAGAUCAGGGGCUGCUGCAUUGUUGCAAGAGUUUGAGAGGGUGGUGGGUGUUGAAGGUGGUGCUGUUGUUGCAUGUAAGUGCAUGGGCAAGUGCAAAACUGCUCCUAAUGUGAAAGUUCAAAAUUCUGUUGAUCAUAGCCUUGCUCAGGGAUUUGAUGAUUCUGUUAAGAUUCCUGCAAAUCCUCUCUGCAUUGGGGUUGGCCUGGAGGAUGUGGAUGCCAUUGUGGCUAGAUUUUUAGGGGAGAAUCUUACAGAUACGGGAAUGACAGGUGCAGCUAUGGCUACUUGA